CACGUGUUCUUAAAGGUGUUCGGUGGGUGAAAUCGUGAUCCUGAAGACUGCUGGUAUAUCCUAAAAUCGGCUCUUUCGCGAGCAGUGAAUUUAGAGAGAUUGGAUUACAAGCGGCGAGUUGGUGGCUAUUGAAUAAGGGUUAUUCGCGCGGAUGAUCGAGGGGAAAGUGGUCGGGUAGGCAGUCGGCCAUUUUAUGUUAGUAUGACGUAGAGGCUGGGUGUAGCUUCACGUUGAACCGUCCGUGUUCCUUGGAAAAGGCGAGAAACUGCGAGAGUUUCUGAUGCUGGGGCGGAGAUAGAUGUACGCGGGACGCACUGGAGGUGUGACUUGUAAAUAUUAAGGCCGUAAGCAGCAAAGCAGGAGAUUUAGUGAAAUAAGGUAGCUGUUCGUUCCCCACCGAAGCAGCAGCAGUAGCAGCAACAGCACCGCGCGAGCAUGAGCGAAGAAAGCAAUCCUCGAACGCUAUACGUGGGGAAUCUCGACGCUUCGGUGUCGGAGGACCUUCUGUGCGCGCUCUUUUCACAAAUUGGUGCUGUGAAAGGAUGCAAGAUCAUUCGGGAACCCGGCAACGAUCCCUAUGCCUUCGUCGAGUUCACGAAUCACCAGUGCGCGGCUACAGCGCUGGCCGCCAUGAACAAACGAUCCUUCCUGGACAAGGAGAUGAAGGUUAACUGGGCGACCAGUCCUGGCAAUCAGCCGAAGCUCGACACGAGUAAUCAUCAUCACAUAUUUGUUGGCGAUCUCUCUCCUGAGAUUGAGACACAAACCCUUAAGGAGGCCUUUGCACCCUUUGGAGAGAUCAGCAACUGUAGGAUUGUACGUGAUCCCCAGACUCUCAAGAGCAAAGGAUAUGCUUUUGUGUCCUUCGUCAAGAAAUCUGAGGCUGAGGCAGCGAUAGCAGCAAUGAAUGGACAGUGGAUAGGGUCACGUUGUAUCAGAACAAACUGGUCAACUAGAAAACCACCACCACCACGGUCUGAAAGGCCAAGACAUGCUAACAACAGCAAACCCAAUUACGAAGAGGUAUACAACCAAAGCAGCCCGACCAACUGUACAGUGUACUGUGGCGGUUUCACAAACGGUAUCACAGACGACCUGAUAACAAAAACCUUUUCUCCAUUUGGUACUAUUCAAGAUAUCCGAGUGUUCAAGGAUAAGGGUUAUGCUUUUAUCAAGUUUACAACCAAGGAAGCAGCAACGCACGCCAUAGAGUCCACGCAUAAUACAGAGAUUAAUGGUAGCAUCGUUAAGUGCUUUUGGGGAAAGGAGAACGGAGAUCCUAACAGUGUGGGACCCAAUGCUAAUCAGCAAGCCCAACAGGUAACGGCUGGAGCUGGCCAGUACGCUUACGGGUAUGGACAGCAAAUGGGCUACUGGUAUCCUCAAGGAUACGCACAGAUGCAAGGACAGUUCUUGCAGCCUACUCAGUACUACGGCCAAUACUACGGACAGCAGGCUCAGUAUAUGAACAGCAUGAGGAUGCCUGCCCCAGGUGCUGGUACAUGGCAACCCGGACAAGCGACUGCAGCUCCACCAUCUGCCACAGCUCCGCUACAGCCGGGCCAACAGCCGGCCAUGGUAACUUACACCAUGCCUCAAUACCCCACGCAAUGAAACUGAUCGUACCAAUUGAAAUCAGCUGAAAGUUACGUACGGAACAUACGACACCAGGGGCUUCCGCAGAAAUUGUUCUCCUAUAUACCCGUUUCCCAAAAAGAAACGAUCGACAGACCUUGAGAUUUUUCAUACCUAUGUUUUUUCACGCUUUAUUUAUGUCACAAAGAAUAGUCCAGCAUGGAGAAAGUAUAAUUCCGUGCACGAGGGAAUGACAGAAACAGAUUUAAAAAACAAGAGAAACAGUAAACCCUACGUGGCUCCCAUCUUACACUGUAGUUCGAUUCUAGUGUCCAAUAUUUCCAAACAACUGUCGUAGACGGGAGCGAGAAACGGUCGGGUUGAUAUACGUAUUUCAUACACGUUAAUCCAAAAUUAUUAUUCGUGACGAAGACGUUUUGGCGAGACUGACUGACACUGGAGAAACUUAAAAUUCUAUUACCUGUACUAUGGACGUGCGUAGCUAAGCUCGCUACUAAGUGAAUCAGGUAUAUCAGCGGAACGGUUCUUCGAGGCCCCUAAAAUGAAAAAGAGCCCUGCAUUCACGCCAUGGUGUGUGCCAGAAGUGCACGCGAACGCACGCUAUCAUUAUGACCUUACAUUUUUUAAUAUGCCUCCCAAUAACAAUUGUCAUAGUUUAUUUCAAUAUCAGCGUAAUAAAUGCCAUUAUAAAGUUCAUUUAUGAUCAGCAGCCGAGUGUGCGACGAUGAGACGUAGACAUAAGAUAGGGAUAAACGAAGUAAAAGAAGAAAAACGACGUAGCUAGACACAAUGCCUGUGAUGUAGCUAGAAUUUUCGAUUUGACGCGCCGUCGUUACGUAUGCAGGGCUCUCUUGUGCGACACGAUAUAUCAGGGUUAUUCAGUAGAAACCUACCACCUGAAAUUAGUGCGCCCAUUUGAGUCUUAUGGUAAAACCAUGUUCAGGUGGUGCGUUUGGGCUGAAUAACCUGAUAUGUAGGGAAACGAGACAAAACGUGUAAGAAAUUAAAACUAUGUUGCGCGGGUAUUUAUCGUCGGUGGUUCGAUGUAGAUGAAAACGCUUGUUUUUAUGGUAAUCUCAGAUACCAAUUCUCGAGUUUGUAAGAUUAUCAUUUAGGUCUCCAUCUUUCUUUUCUUUCUUUCUUUCCUUCUCGUACUUUAUCUCUAUUUGUAUUUUUCUCACUUCUUUUUUUAUUCUCUCUCUCUCUUUGGUUCCAUUCUCCUUUCUCUUGGUUUCUGAUAGACUGUCUCCCCCCUGUUCCCCCCAAUCUGUUUUCCUCACAUGUAACAGGUGGCUCAAAAAACUCAGGCUCAAAAAAAGCAUGUAAUGUGGUAUAAAAAAGAUUACAAACAAAGCGAAAAAGAGGAAAAGAAAACCGAAAAAAAAUACACGUGGUGGGUGGGCUUAGCGACUCCGCUCCGUCUGUACAGACAGAUAGUGACACUAAUUAUUACAAUAACUAAAAUGUAAUUGUAAGCUGAUAAAAAAAAGAAACAAACGAAAUACAUACUUUUUCCAUUAAUGUCUCUUUCCACGUCCGAAUGAAAAUUGAUAAAUUCACAUUCCAAGAGUAACAUCGAUCAGUGUUAACGUUAAGUGUUAACGUCCUCGUUACAAUCGUGUACAGUGUCCGAACUGCGUUUAAUCUUAUUGGCUCGUUAACAUAUGCAUCCAUAAUCUCUGCAAUGUCAAUAAAUCGGGCCAAAGUAGCUUGUUUAAGUGUUUGCUCCCCAAGGGAUCAUUUGAUAAAACAAUUACGUACUGACAAUCCUAACUCAAACCUCUAGUGAAUGAAUAAAAGGAGACGAUUAUUCGCCAUUCGACACGAUUUUCUAAUCUAUCCGUGUCUUCCAGGUAAAUUGUUCAAUCGAAUGAAACUACCAGCGCUACAAUGGUAUAUCCUUUGUACAUAAGAGACACGUUCCCACAGUAAGCCGAUUAUUAAGGACGCGUGUUAACCCAAUAAUUUCUGACUCUUGUACGAAAUAGUGCACUGCGACACUUAACUUUAAUGUUAUUUUUCUGAUUAUCCUUGACUCUCCCCUGCUCACCCAACUCCCUACCUCUCUUUCCAUCCAUACUGGUUUACCGGAUAAAACUUGUCGAUUUUCAUUUUCGCCACGAGAUAUCACUACUGACUUUUCUCUCGUUCGCUCUGUCUUUUCUUUGUUCUUUAUUUUCACCUCAGCAGUCGAAUCAUUCCAAAGGAGAGCAUUUUUAAUUCUACACAGGAAUUCAGGAUGCACCGCAUAGGUUAUUAAUGAAUUUAGUAUGUUGGCAGAAUUGCACGUUACGCGUAAUGGGGUUUAAAAAUCCAAUUUGAUAUACUCGAUAUUUUAAAGUGUCGAGUCUUGCUAGAUUUCCUUUUUUUCUUUUCUUUUGUGGGGUAUCCACGGCCAUGAACCCCAAUGUCGUCCACCCCCCGCGCGAUACGAUUAACGUAUUGCGAGGGGUUGGCGGGAAGAGUAAUGGAAAAUAAAUAGUGGAUGCACGGAUGGCAAUGAAAGCGCAGGAAAUACCAGGCGGUAUCUACUGGCACGGUUCUACUAUCCGCCACCGACGAUAAAUCUUUGUUCGACGAAUGGAAAAGAAUGAGGGCAAAAAAGGUGAACACGAUUUUGACACGAGGAACAUGAGAACAAUUUUACGAAGCCAGUGUCGAUUUGUUAAGCAACGAGAGAGACGACAAGGUAAUAAACGAUUGUCGAUGAAAAUUACGGAAAGAUAAUGAAAGGAUAAACAAAUUUAGCAAUGGGCAUAUACCAACGCGGAAUACGUGUCGCGAUCAUACGAAGAACAGUGACGUGCGGUACAGCCGAUUGAAAACGUGAAUUUUGCGACUAAGGAUUAAUUAAUCAGCGAAACGAGGGAAGACGUAAAAAGUAAAGAGUGUUAUAUAAAAAGUAAUUUAGGUACGGCAGGGCGCCAAACCCUCGACAAUGCUUAGGAUAAUGUUAUCUUAUAAUAAAAACAAAUUGUCCUUUGAAUGAAAAAGAAAAAGGAAUAAAUAUUUAAAAUACA